AUGAAUAAAGAUAAAGAUAGAAAUAUUAAUAAUAAUAAUAAUAAUAAUAAUAAUAAAAAUGAAAAGAUAAUGAAUAGAAGAGGAAUGGAUGAUAUUGCAAAGCAAGCAAUGCAACAUCAUUUCCAAGAUACAAUGAUGAUGGAUGCUGAUUAUCAUAAUGAUCCACAGUUGUAUUAUCAUUUACACCAACAGCAACAACAGCAACAACAGUAUCAACAGCAACAACAACAACAAUAUCAUCAUCACCAGCAGCAAAUGCAACAAAUGAUGCCACCACAAUUUCAUCAGCUACGUCAAGCUCAACCCAAAAAAGAAACAAAGAGAAAUCCUCGUAUGAAUCCAUCGAUGCAUCACCAACAAACCAUCGAUCUGAUGAUGGAUCCACACCAGAUGAUGAAUGCCAGUGCAGAUGAUGACGAUGUCUACGAAGAGCAGCACUUGGGCUACUUGGAUCAUCCGAGCAAGAAGCUAAUGGUUGGCGAAUUCAGAAAUGUACUGGUGACCUACAUCGUGAGUGAAGUCGAGAGUUUUGAGAAAUUCAAGAUUCACUUGGAGCAGAUCAACAUGGAUUCUCAAUCGCUCUUUCAAAAGUGGUCAAAAGAGCAAGUGCACAUCGGUGCAGAGGUGGACAUUGCAGUCAAAAACGAGUUUUGCACUACAGUCUCCAUUCAGAACAAGACCAGUCGAUACGAUAUCAAUUUCAUUGAUAGUGGGCUGUCAUCGACCGAGCCACUCGAUCCCAAUGCUGCCAAGAACAAAGAGAGUGGUUGUUCCUUUAUCAAUGAUCUCCGUAAGGAUAUCAAGGAUUUCUUGUGUAGUCCCAAAGACUCUAGUCCUGUAGAUAAACUGGUCAAUCAUCUUGCAGAUCAACAUCUACCCCCACCACAACCACAACAACCUCAACAACAUUUACCAGAAGGUGAUCAUAACGCUCCUCAGGAUGAUGAUAUGGAGGAUGACAAUUUUCAUAUACCUGCUGUAAAUGAUCAACCACAACAAGAAGAGCAAGUGAAUAUUUUUGAAAACAAUAAUAAUAAUAACAAUAAUAAUAAUGAACAUUUAAAAGACGGUCACCAAAAGGCAUCAAAUGACAAGCAUGAUAAGGAUAUCAAUUUCCAAACUAUAUCCCUUUUUUAUAAAGAACUAUUGGGACGUGAUGGUCUAAUCUACUGCAGUAUUGACUUGAACGAGAAGGUAUUCAAGUGGAAUUCGUCAAAGAAUACAAUCCUUGCUCAAGUUAAAUUUAGCGAUAUCAAAUUCAUUUUAUUAAAUAGAACACAUCAAAAUUCAGUAUCAAUGGAAAUUCAUCUAAAGAAGUCGCAUUCUGUCAAGCAAGAGAAGAAAUCAAAUAGAAUACUGACCUGUAAGAUUAGUGCUGACGAUUGGCAAACAUUCUCUACAAACUACAAUUUCACUGUACCUCUGAAAGAGCUACUUGAAGAUCCGCUUCCCGACAAUCGAAUCGUUUGGUUCAAACCUUUUAAUGCCUUCAAAAAGACAUUGGCAUUUGGUGAAAUGGUUAAAGAUCUCGUAGGGAAUGAGGAUAUGAGUGUCAACAGUGAGACUCACUAUAGAAUUCAAUCACUAAUUGACGACCGUAACACCAGGGAUUUCGUAAUGACUGACCCACCCAAACUUCUCUCGGAUUUGUCCAACAUCAAAUCCAAUCAUUUAUUCUCAUUUUACAUUCUGAUGAAAUUAGACAAUUUAUCAGAGAAUGGUAUCCCAGAUAUCUUAAAAUAUAUUGAACCACUCAUCAAUGAAUUGACCAAGCUUGAAAGUUUCAAUCUAAACAAGGCGUUGACUCCCAUCUUUGAAUCGUUCUUGUCUAGAUAUCUUAUUGACCCGGUGUCUCCAGAUCACGUUAACACCCUCUGUAUUUUGGCAUUGGGAUUUUUCAGCUGCAAGACUAUCAACACAAUGCUUGCCGAUGAUAAUAUUUAUUUUAGAAUCCUACGAUUCCUUGAUGCAAACAAUCAACUUAAUAAUGAGGUUUCAUCAUCGUUCUUCCGCAAACUGAAAUCAAAAAAGAUAUUUUUGGAUUCUUUCACAACUUUCUUUAAAAUAUUCGAACCUAUUGAAGCUGAAAACAAUAAUUAUCAAAAGUAUUUCAGUAUGCUUACCAAGUUUUUAAAUUCAACAACCAUUCCAAUCACUGACAUCAAUGGUUUAACUGUAAAGAAUGAAAUGGUUGAAGGACUUUCAAAGAAUGAACUUUAUAAUAGAUUCGAAUUGGUUCGUAUCUUUAUGAAGAUUGACAGAUCAACAAGAUUGUCAAACGGUCGUGUCAUCUAUAAGCUCAUCUUGGAGGAUAAGGUUGGCUUUAGAGAUAAUCUAAAGAAAUACGAUAGUACAACAAAAGAAAACGUUCUUUCCAAUCUUCAUGGCUUUGUAGAGACUGGAAUCAAAAAGCAUUUUAUUGAGAUGCCCCAACUUCUUCAACUCCUAACUGAUUCCAAGAUGCUGUUCCUUUUCACUUCAAAGAUUAUGCAAGCUAUUGGUGACUAUAGACACACAGAGAUCGAUAAGAUAUUUAUAUUCAGCCAAGACACCGAUCCAUUCCGUACCAUCCAGAACAACAUCUCUAGUAGAUUCAGUCUUGACGAUUUUUAUCAAAUCUCACUCUAUUGUCCUAAACAAGCUAUUAGUAUACCAAAUGAGAUUAUUUCUAGACCGAUAGCAUUUGUCAAUAAUUUUUCAAUUAUUGAAGACAACUAUCGAAAGCUUAGUCAAGCUUUUAUCGACAAGAAAACACAUGGAUACUAUCAUAGGCUUACAGGUGAUAUCGUUCGAAAUUAUCUUGGUAAUAGAGGUGAUCAACCAAGUUUAUUGUCACUCGAGGUCAUUGACGAGAAUCCACCAUGUACUCUUGUACAUUUGAUGCUCUUUAACUUCUAUCUUGAAUUCCUCAAUCAAAACCACACCCAAUACCCGAUCAAUGCUGCACAUGGAAAAUUGGUUGGUUUAGUAACCGAUAAAUCUUGGGUACAUGAAUCUACUGUCUAUGAGAAUAAUAGACAAAGAUUUAAAUCAAUUUUAGAAGAAAAUACAAGAAUAAUGAGAAACAAUUGGAAUCCAUCAUAUGCAGGUGACUAUGACCAUCAAAUGAGCAUUUUGAUGAGAUAUUUCGGUGCAGUCAACACCAAGUCAUCGGAGGAACUCGAUAAGAAAUAUAGAGGAGAGGUAACUGAGCUUUUCAAUCUUAGAACGGUUGGUCAUUGGCUCAACAACACUUUCCAGUUCAAGAUCACCAAGCUCAAUAUCGAUAUCGCCGACGUUUCACCAACCAACCAGAUCGUCUAUUUGAAAAAGGAUAUCUUAAGUGCCAAGGGUGAAAAAGGUCAUGUGGUGGUUGAAGAGGAAUCCAUUCGAUUCCUUAGAUCGUUCUUGUCGACCGAGCAUCGAAAGUUCUUCCAGAUCAUCAUGGAGUACUACAACAAGACCGAAAUGCCAAACCAAAUCGAUGUUCUCUGUCAUAUGACUCGUGACUUUAUGAAAAAGUUGAUUGGUCAAGACGAAGACAUCCAACUCAACGAUAUCUUUAGAACAGUCAUUUCACAAUCCGAUAUCAACUUUAAGAAGGAGAUGGAACACAUGUAUGCCUACUUCUAUCCAGACAAGACUUUCAACAACAAAGAGAACUCGCUCUACGAAUUUAUCAACAAAGCAACUGCACUUUUUGGUAUCCAAGCCAACAUUCACCAUCUCUUUAAUUUCAUCGACUCCAACAAGCACUAUAUUAAUGUAACAGACUUUGACAACAUCAGAGACACAAUCACCAACUAUCUCCAGACUAUUGCACCUGGUCAAAAGUUGAUCUCUGUCAAAACUUCACAAAAGAUCUUCCAGGAUAUCACUCAGUUGAUUGGUGAUCUCACCUAUCCUCAAUUGGUCUACUUUAAAUAUGUAAAUCCCGACCUCAUUGAAUUCUUUGCUUCGUUCAAAGACUUCCAAACGACCAACCAAAUUAUGACUGCCAAUCUUAUUACCGACGAGUACAACUCUAGUUUGGUCAACAACACAAUCCAUGCCUACAAUCUUUUGCAGCCUUUCAUUGCAAGAUUCCAAGACACCACCAAGGCAACAAAGGAAUCUGGAAUGUCUGUCAACGCUUUUUCCUCUCUCAGAGAGAUGUGUAAGAGUGUCUCUCGUCUCAUGGAAAACACUCAGACCGAUUUCACAAAGAUCGAGUAUGUCGUUAAUAAUAUUGCCCAUGUUCGUGGUAUCUAUUCAUCUGCUGGUGGUACCUACAAUAUCGAAUCGAUUCUUCCAACUGUUUCAGAGAUAUUGAAAGGCUCAGAGUUUAGUUCGAGAACAACCAAGUAUGAGGAGGGUUCAGUUGGUUGGUCCAUUAAAAUCAGUUCAUCUUCACUCGAGUUUACUCAGGAAAAGAUUGAAGAUUUCGUUCAGGGACUCAAUAUCACCAAAUCAUCGAAUUCAUCCGACACGAAAACCAAUGACUUGGUUGCCAAGUUCCAGAGUGUUGUCAAGUUACUCAGUACCGUUCAUAUUAUUCACUGUGAGAUGGACCGUUUAUUCCAUCCCGACUAUUUCGAAGGUAUAAUCAAGUUGGCAUUCAAUGAUGCAACAGACCUACAGAGUAAGAAGGAAAGUCUUGAGAAGAGUCUGAACGAGUGGAAGUCGAAAAUUCAAAACCUUCCCACAAGACUUUUGCUUCUUAAAGCUCAUGGUCUCUCUUCUCUUAUCUCUGGUUACAACAAGAUCUUCAACCACUACAAUGCAAAGCCCGAUUUUGUUCAAAGGAUGGCAACUCAUGUAACUCCAUUCAUCAAGUAUUGCUAUCCAUACUCUGGACUUCCCAUCAAGAGUGAAUUGAUAGCCAAGAUCAUUGUUGACAAUAAUCUACUUGCCAAAUAUGACUACUCUGUAUUUUUGACUGGUUUAGUUGAGGGUCUUACCAACACAGAAGAGGCUUAUGAAGAUCUUUCCGAAGAGACAGGUCCAAUUCUGGUUCAUCUCAAUUCCAAAGAUAAUCUCUACAAUGUCUUGAUGCAGCUGAACAAUUCAAUGUUACCACAUCCAUCCCAACUGUUCUACUCCUAUGCCUUUUCAAAGGAUAUCGAAUAUUUCUUGCGUCUGAUCGAAGAGAUGUCAGGUUAUACAUUCUUUUUAAUUGGUAUCCCCAAUGAAAAGGAUAAGCUCAUGCAUUGGCUCUCUGAUCACUACAGUAAGCAAACUACAGAUAAACUUGCUAGACUCUAUGUGAUCUCAACCGAGCGUUCUAUGGCUACAGAUCUAUUUUCAUUCUUGCCAAACAGCAACACCAUGUUUGACACUGAAUGGAAGAACUUUAAAGAGAGUUGGAACCGAACCAAAGAAUCGAUUGGAAUCGAGCAGUUGGUAUUGGUUUGUGGUGAUUGUGGUACCGGUAAAUCGUAUUUCAUCCGUUCAAAGAAACACUCAUCCAACAAUCCAAUCACAGUUCAUCUAAGACCAAAUUUCGAUGCCAAACCGAUGAUCCACCAUCUCAGAAAACACAAGGACAAAAAGAAGAUCAUGAUUCACUUUGUUAUCUCACCUUACUGUGAUUUCGAUAGUUUCAAUCAUUUUAUCUAUCCACUGAUCACUCGUGGCUAUGUAUUUGGUAAUCGUGUUGAGGAGAUCUACAACGUACCAGAGACACUCUUACUUCAAAUCUAUGUUGAAAUUGGAUCACCACUGUUGGGAGCCAAGAAAUACGCAAGAUUCUCUGAUUAUCUAACAGAUACCAUCCCACUGGUUCAACAUUUGGCAGAGAUUACUGACCACACCAAGACACAAUGGGAAGUCACUCCAACCGAAUUAAAAUGCUACUCCUAUGUUCAUUCGAAUCCCUACCAGAAGCCAUCAUUGGAACUCGGUAAAAAGGUUGCAAACGUUCAUGAAUACAUUCAGACUAUCAAAAAGAUUCUCCUGAAAGAGUUUGCUUAUAAUCCUGCAUUCCUUUCCGAUCCUAAACAUCUCUUGCACAGAAAGAGUUUUAUGAAACUCCUAGAGGAGAGAUUGGUAUUUUUGGAUGCCUACUACGAUACCUAUGCAGAGGUUGGACUGUCUGAUUCAGAAUCUCAGUCCAAAAAUCAACAGCUACUCUUACAGCCUUACGAGUUGUAUCACUACCUCAUCUUGGAGGCAGUCAAGUUCUCUGACCCUCAAUUGGCCACUGCCCAGAACAUUUGGAAAGAGCCACCAAUGAUUACCUCUCGUUACCUUUCUCAGGCAAACAAGAAGACUGUUUCAAUCGAUUACAUUGAUUUCUCAAGCAAGCCAAAACUAAUCACCAGAGUCCAGUUGGUCACUUUGGAGACUGCCAAACAAGAGCCUGCUCGUUUUAGAACGAUCAUUGCCAACAUUUUCGGAAUUUCCUCACGUACCAACAUUGUUUUGAAUCUCUGUCAACAGUAUCACUAUGUGUUGACACCAGAGUUUGGUAUACGUCUCCUAAUGCUUCACAACAAGGUAAAGAAUCAACGAUCAUUGGUGUUGACUGGUGAUACAGGUGUCGGUAAGACAUUCAUUCUCUUGUUCUACUCAUUGCUCAUCAAUGCCAAGAACAAUUCACUGCCCGACAUUAUCUCUCGUAUCAGAGAGGAAGUCAACAAACUCAUUCAAAACAAGACCGAUUUUGUUUUGAAGGGUAUCAUGGACGGCGAUCAACAAUCGAAACUCUUACCGGGUGAAGUCUCUCUUAUUCAGAUUCAAGAUGCACUCACUCAACUCUGUGAACACGAUCCCAUGAAAGAAUCAAACAACAACAACAACAACAACAACAAUAAUAGUAGUGGCAGCAGCUCCAAGUUCCAAAAUAGAAGUUUCCAACAUACACUAUUCUCUACUGUUGAGAAUCUCAUUGCUGUGAUGAUGAACAACUAUCCUCUGAUCGAGACACCACGCAAUUCACUGCUCUACCAGAUUCGUUUCAAGAGUUCCACCAGUGUCAUCAUUCAAAACAAGGAAAAACUUUUGGAAGCUGUCAAAGAGAUUUCCUCUGCCACCUUUAGAAAUCUCUUCCAUCGUAUCAUUAUGCAUCAAAAGUUUACCUCAAAGAUCUUUAAGAAUUUGGUGCUGAGCUACAUUGCCGAAGCCAAACAACUCAGACACAUCGAUCCAAAUCUCAAGAUGCUUAUCUUUAUUGAUGAGUUCAACACUAGUCCAAACGAUACGCUUGCAUUGAUCAACGAAAUCUUUAUCGAUGGAACACUCGAUGGUGAAGGAUGUAUUCCUGACAAUAUCUUCUGGAUUGGUGCAAUGAAUCCAGUAAAGACCACCUCAAUGGAGGCUGUCGAUUACACAGGUCAGACUACAACUACCAGUCAUCUCUCGUUUGUUGUUCAACAUCCGCCACCUGCAAUGGUUCAACUUUUCUUGAACUAUGGUGAUUUCACUGCCAAGAAUGAACAAUCUUUCUUGGAAUCACUUUUCUUGGUUAGAGAUGAUAUCAUUCAAACUACAGAGGUCGAUCUGUUGAAACAACAACAGAAUCUCAAAGAGAUCAUCAUCAUCGGUCAAAAUGCACUUCGUGAAACCAACCAAGCAAGAACUCAUGUUUCGAUUCGUGAUAUCACUAGAGUUAUAGACCUCUAUAAAUUCUUUAGAUACACCCCGGUUGGAAAUAGUAUUUUGAAUUGUGCGUACAAAUUAAAAGACAACAACAACCAAGAGAGUGUUACAAUGCUUCAUUGGAUGUCAAUCAUUGCUUCAAUUGGGUUGACCUAUUACAUUCGUGUUUCUCCUGGCGAGAGUCGUGAUCUCCUCAUCAAGAAGGUCAAUGACUACUAUGGAAAGCAAGUUGAUGCUUUUCCGGCCAUCAAAGCGGUUUUCAGUGAUGCCAAUAACAUGUUCAAAUCGAUUUACUCCAAAUUCUGUGAAACUGCUAAACUACCACCUGGUAUUGCUUUGACUGAAUCACUCAAGCUCAAUAUAUUUGGUAUUACAGUUGCCAUCAACUCAAGACUCCCAAUAUGUAUUGUCGGUCCGCCAGGUUGUUCAAAGACACUCAGUUUUGGUAUUGUCAUUAACAAUAUGAAUGCCAACAAACUCGACGAUCCAUCCUCUCCAUGGUCUCAAAUGACCACUGCUGAUCCAUUCCGUUACCAAUGUACUCCACACACCACCGAUAUUGAGAUUAGCUCUGUCUUUGAACGUUCUCUCAAUCGUCAAAAGACAUAUGACCUCUCGGGAGGCAAAAGUCGUUGUGUUGUCUUCUUUGAUGAAGCAGGUUUGGUCAAUGAGAACGAUUCUCCAAUGAAGAUUAUGCACGACUAUCUCGACAAGGUUUCACAAAAGAUGGACAAGGACUCUGUUGAUAUCUCUGUUGUCAUCCUUUCCAACAAGGUUCUCGAUGCCGCCAAGACCAAUCGUAUGUUGAUGUUAGUACACCCACACACCAUUACCAAGGAAGACGAGAAAGCACUGGCAGUCGGUUGUUUGUAUAACAACAAAGUGUUGACACCAUCGGAGAACCAAAUUUGUACUGCACUCUGCGCUGCUUAUAAGCUUGCAAACAAUCAUGUCAAAGAUACCAAACCGAAUCUCUUCCAUCAACGUGAUUUCGUUUAUUUUCUCAGACAUCUUGCUCGUGGCUUGAAGAAUAACCAAGGUGUGCUCAAUGGUGAAGUACUCAUCAACUCGAUCGAGAGAAACUUUGGUGGUAUACCUCCAAAGGAAUUUAAAGAGAUGGCCAAGGAAUUCUUUGAUCAACUCCAGAAUAUUCCAGACGUCUCUGUUAAGCCAGGCAACCUAUUGGAUACCGACAGAACCAUUAAGCGUAUCAAAGAGUCACUCCUGGAAACUCUUGACACAAAGCAAGACCCCAACACUGUUCCAUUCCGUUAUAUGAUGAUUAUCGAUCCCACUGAAAAUGAAUCAUCACUGAUGAUCUUGAAGGAACUUGGAAUCAAUACAACAGUGAUUAGAGUCGGUGGUUUCGAACGUGACAGUACAACAGAGUCUCUAGUCAAUGUUGUUUCUCAAAUCAAAUCAGAGAUGGCAUCGGGUGGUACCGUUGUUUUGGUGAAUACCCACCAGAUCGAUGCAUGUUUCUAUGAUGUCUUUAAUAGAUAUUUCACAUUGUUACCUACUCCGGAUGGAUCAAUGCAUUUCAUUGCCAACGUAUCGUUUGGAACUCAUUCUAUUUUCUGUCCAGUUCAUCCAGAGUUUAAGAUCAUUGUGCAUCUCCCACUCUCACAGAUGGCACAAACUCAGUUGCCAUGGUUGAAUCGUUUCGAGAAAUAUCAACUUUCCAUCGAAAAGAUGCUCGAUUAUUACAUCAAAAAGAAUCUUUCACUGCACACCAGUAUUUUCGAAACACUCAAAUCUACUGCCACUCAUUUCAUUGAUGAGUUCCACAACAAAGCAACCAACAAAUCGUUGUUGUCUGGAUUCUCUGAAUCAGAGACCAUCCCAUCUUUGAUCUACACUAUUGCUAAAGAACUCAAAGCUUCGGACUCUCUCAACAUUCAACCACAGCGUAUAUUUAAUACCAAUUUGGAACUAAUCCCAGAGUCGGAAAACUAUGAGAUUAGACAAUUCAAUUGGAAGUUACUCCAGAUCGCUCGUCCAGAGAGUAUCUUUAACUGCAAGACUCUGCCACAAUCCUAUAUUGAAGAGUAUCUUCUUAGACAGGAGCACUUUAAUAUUUUGAGGUUCCUCGAUCAUAUCUUUAACAAAAAGUUUGUUAAAAAUGAUCAAUCCGUACCCAACAAAUGGACAUUCUUUACAAGAACUUCACUUACACUUCAUCGUUUGAAAGACUCGGAGCAUAUGGAUAAUUUCCACAAGAUCCUACUGUCUCAACUCUUCAAAAACGGCGAUACCGAGAGUGAAAUCGAUCCCAUGGAAAUUGACAGCAAAGAGAAUAUUCUCAAGAUUAUUCAGUUGGGUUCAUUCAAGUCGAGCCACAGCUGUGAUCUUGAACUCGAUCAUUUCAAGAAUUCCAAAGUGCAAAAGAUUUGUAUGAUCAUUGCAGAUAUGUCAUACGUCAAUCAGCACCAGGUCAAUUUCAUUGUCGACAGGUUCAACAAGUUUGAUAAGAGCAAGCUCCUUAUCACCAUUUGUCACUAUCCACCUGAAUUCUCAUUGUCCAAUCAAACCAAACUCAAUUCCAUUUUCUUGAAUGGCAUAGAGUAUAUGUAUAUCGAUUCUCUUGGACUCAAGAUUGACACUCAGCUCAUGGAGAGUAACCAGAAUAGCUUAGACUCUGACAUUCGUACAUGGAUCGGCAGAGCCUAUGGAUUGAAGCUUUCGAUCGACCCACAAUCUUUGGAAAGAACAUUUGAAGAUAUGUUCUUUGAACAUCUCAGACAGGUUGCAAUGGAAAUGAAUCCUGUAUUUUUACCGCUGAAGGCAGAUCCAGCUGAACGUACCUUCUAUUCAAAUGCCGAUCAAAGAGUUACACUGAUAGAGGAUCUCUUCAGAAGCAACAAAGAGUGGUACAACACUACCAUUCAAAUGUUGUCAACAGAGUGGGGUCAGAAGGAUAUGUUUAAACAGAUCAUAACAAACAUUUCCAAGCUGAUUGUAUCCGGUAAACUGGUUCAUUCGUUCUUUGAUUCAAUUAAAAACUCGAUGAUCACCUUCUUUUAUCCUAUGGUGUCACAGAUCUUUAAGAUUGUUACAAACUAUCAAUCUUAUCUCAGAGUUUCAAAGAUCAAAGAUGCACAAAACUCAGAGUUGGUUAGACUUUACAUUCAGAGUGUCAGAGUACCAGAAAUCAACGAGAACAUUGAGGAGAGAUUCGAACCAGUCACACUUACAGUUCACCAGGAAAAAGUCCUCCAACAAGAAUCUUGCUUACCUCUCUAUGACUCUGUAAUCUCGAAUCUCAAGACUCUCUUUGACAAUACACUUAAUCUUCACCCCAACAGAGGAAUCGACAAGAUUUUUGGUGAAUACACCAAAUAUGUAUCGAACCAUUCAUUGGGACCUCUCAUCCAAUACAUCAGUGAAAACGAUACGCUCUACCAACAAUUCCAAACCGAUUUCGUGAUUAGAACCAUGAGAUUCGACAAGUCGUGGUUAGAGUUUGUGUUGUUGGUCAUCAAAAAGAUCUUCCCAAUUCGAUCAGAUUCAAUAUUGUUGUUUAUUGUCUGCAAUUAUUUCUACUCUCCUACCAUUCACUAUCUCAAGAGUUUGACAACACCAUUGAUGAAUCUAAAGACCAACGUAUCGAUUUUGCAGGAAUUCCGAAAUCUAAAUUUGGACAAAGACAAACUUUCGAAUACCAAUCAAGCCAAAUCCAUUAUCACCGCGCUUGCAAUGAAAUUGAUCUACAAAGAGAUCGUUGAUAUUUCGCCAGAGGCCAAGAAUCUCUCUGAUAUCACUGCCAAUUGGUGUAAUGUUGUACGUGAAAUACUCAAUCGUGUCCCAAUCUACACUAUCCUCAGACAAGCUCAGGGUAAAGGUGACACUGGACAGUUUACAUCAUACAUCUAUAUCCUUUUCAAUCUAUGCAUUUUUGCAAGUACCAUCGGUAACAUUGAUACCACCGAGAGCAUCUUGUCUUGCAUCUAUCGUGGAGUUCCAAAGGCAAAGAGAUUCGACCCUGAAGAUAUCUUCCAACCCUUUAGUAGUUUUUUCUCUAACGUUAACCGUAUACUCAAAGAGAGAGGACUUCCACCUGUGGAGUUAUCAUGCUUCCUCACAACCUUUGAGCCGUUCAUCAAUUUGUCGACUGCAAACAAGAGAAAUUUCUUGUUAAUGUGCAACAAUGAUAAAUCGUUGAAUCAAGAUUUCGUUUCAAAGAUCCCCAUGGGCUGGUUCUGCAACAACAUAUUCAAUAGUUACGAUUCUUUCUUCAAGUCGUAUUCCGUCAUCAUCGAGGAGAUAUUUACAAAGCAAGGUGUCACUCUAUUUUGUAAUCCAGUACUCUAUUGUUUACAUCCAAACAAUGAAGUUCCAACGGGAGAGCUUUUGCAAUUCCUCGGUGUCUCCAAAGAGGAGUUCCAACAAGAAUUUAAGCCAAAUCCAAAUCUGAUCAAUAUUCUCUACUUUGUCGAGCUAGAGAGAUGUCGUCGUCUCAAUCUAGAUACAAUCAAUCUCAUGGUCAAGUGGCAAGAAAUGGUUAGAUCUCCUAGUAUUCUGGAAAGAAUCAAAGUGAAUGCAAUGUCAACUCAUUUCAUUGAUAAUCUUGCCAAAAUGCUCAAUGAUGAAGGUGUAGAGCCAACCAAGAACUACUUAGACAAUAACAAAAUGCUCACCACCACAAUGAAUAAGAUCUUUUCAAUGGAGCGUCAGACCAAAGCAAACAAGAUCCAGCGACGUUUCAAUCAUAUGUAUCUGCUGAACAAGAUUAGCUCUGAAAAGACUCUGGUUGAUAUUCUCAAGAAUCAGGCAUUCCUCAAGACCAUUGCAAUGGAAGAGAAUCUUGUCACCAUUGAUAUUUCAAUGAAAGAAUCAACACUCUAUAGUUUCACCGUCGAUUCUUCAACCGAUGAUGGUAAGCUAUUCAAGAGUAUCAAGGAUGCAGUAGAUUCGAAAUCCGAUGAGGACAUCAACCGAUUAAUCGCACAAUGUAGAAACACACCUCGUUCUUGUGGAUUCUUUAGAAUGUCAUUGUUCCUCAUUACCUAUCAAUACUAUCUGGAUGACCUUGAAUUUGGAUUUAUCGAGAAACUGAUUGCCCCCGGAUCACUCUUUAAUACAGCCAUCGGUAAUGAACCAUACAUCAAUUUCUUUAAGAAGAUCAUAAAGAAGGACUUCAAGAUAAGCAUUAAAAACUUUGAUGAAGUCGUCAUGAAGUAUCCAAACAAGGCCAAGGAUCAUUUUGUCAUUGGACAGCUCCUAGUCAACUAUGUUGCUGCCUCAAUUGGUUCCAACAGUAACUUUUAUCUCUACGAACUUACACGUGACUUUAAGAAGGUCUGUGGUAAGAAGUUCCCUGCCACUGAAUUAAUUUUCCGUGAUUGUGGUAUGGUCUAUCGUCUUGGUGGAGGUGCCGAUGCUCGAAUCUAUUGUAUGAAGAAUAAUCCACUCUACAAGUACAUGAUCGGUUCUACUUCAUGGGCUGUUUUCAGUUGGACCGCCAGUUGUUUGGUUACCAGAGAAGAUGUAGCCUACUUGACCGAUCCAAAUAUUCACUUUGCCAAUUUCCUAGAGAAAAAGACAAUCGAUGGAUUGACAGAUUACGUUGGUAUUAGAGCGCUUACUUCAAUCUCUGAGGUCAAGAUCAAUCAAGACAUUGUGGAUCAACAUAUUGAACCUGGUCACUUUUUGUCAGAGUUGGUUUACCAGCUUUGGGAUGAAGCAUACACUGCCCCACGUCCAGUAAUGAGAGCGUAUUUCGAGGAAACCCACUCAGACAAGGACGUCUAUGCCUAUGAAAACUAUCUUAUAGAGGUAAUUGAAAAGGUUAGAAAAGACUAUCCAAAUAUCAAGACAAAAAGAAUUGAUGCAGUGGUCUCCCAAUCAGCUACACUCGCCCAAGCCAUCAAAUGCAGACAGAAAUACGUAACCAAGUUCACAUCGCCAUUCUACGACUAUGAAUAUAUUCACGACUUGAUCACCAAGAAGGAAAACAAGCUUUUGCUUUAUUUCUCAACCAACAUUGCCACCAUUUGCAUCUCCAAGUAUUUCUAUGAAGUCAUUCAGCUUAUUGAACUCAUAUUCAAGUAUUUCUCUCGUCGUCUUCCCCAGGAAAACCAAUUCUUUACCAUACCAGAGUGUAUCAAAUUCCUAGAGACUCACAAGUACGAAGACGAAAACACAAUCAAAUCUAUCAAAACGAAAUGGGAGAAUGCUAAGAAAUCAUGGAAUGACAUUCUUGAACAUCUUCAAAUCAUGGAAGGUGGUUGUCGUGCAAUGCCAGACUAUGAAAAGGUUGUACAACCAAUCACUGAUGACACUCCGCUCGUAUCUCUCCUCUUUAAUCGUGAUCUCUCUUCGAACGGUCUUAUUAUUAAUCUAAUUAAUAACUGGGUUACCAAUACUCAGUCAAAGGCUGUAGGACAUUUGGAUCAAGUCCAAAAAACAGAGCUCUUCCAGAGAAUCAUUGAAUCCCCAGAUAGUGAAGACAACAACAUCGAUAUUGGUAAUAUGUCAUUCGAUUUUGGAGAGAACUUUUAUUUGAUUGGUUCCAACUACAAUCUCACCGAUUUCCAAAAGUUUAUUUCCAACUGUAUCUCGCACUAUCAAACAUUUGAUAGAAAUCUUUUCGAUCCAAAGAUGUCCUUUGUUGAAAACAAACUCAUCUACAACUAUGUUGCCGGCAAAAUCAAUGGUGGUCAGCAAAUGAAACAGUACAUGGUCGAUUUCCCAUACAGAGUUAGCGUUGCCCAAAACAAUUCCAAAGUUUCAACCAACACUUCAAUGUCUUCACAGAUUAUACCAGAAUAUGUGAAAGAACUGCUUAUCAUUCAAGAGAAACUAGAUAGUGCCACAUUUGGACAGGAAAUCAAAGAUCCAAACAUUAAGAUUCCAUUGGAUAUGAGCACUGCCAAGCUUCACCCAGAGGAAAGUGAGACUCUUUGUCGUUUCUUGACCUCACUUAUUGCCAGAGUGAUCAAUAAUAUCUUGAAAGAUCCCAUCAACAAGACCAAGGUACCAGGUUACCUAAUGAUGACACUCGUUGAAAUAAGUAUGAGAAUUGGUCUAACCUAUCAUAAGAUAUCGAAACCCAUUAUCAGUCAUUUGGCAAUGGUUCGACUGACUAGUCUCAAGACUAUAUCGGAAAUGAUCAUUAAGAAUUCACUCAGCUAUGGUCAUCUCUACUCUGGAAUUGUAAACGACCCAGUUCAGGCAGAUCCAACCAUCAUCAACCACUUUGAGAGCAUUUGUAUUAAUCUCAAGAAUGAAGCCUCCAAAGAGAAUCAAGAUAUCUUGCCUUGGAUCCAUUACUUUGAAGAGAUAAUUCAGAUACUGGCCAGUCCAAAAAGCAAAGAUCUGCUCAAACUUCAACAACCAGAUACUCCUUUGAAGGAUCACGUCUGUAAUUUGCUUAUGAACAUGAGACACCAGUCACCGUCAAAGCUCUACACAUCUCACAGUCAGUUUUUCCAAGACAACAUUACACUGUCCUACUACUCAUUCUUCAUGAGAACCAUCCAUGAGAUUCUCUCUUUCCUCAAGAUCAAAGAUCUAAACCAAAAGAAGGAGAUCUAUAAAGAACCCCAUCUCUAUCAUUUCAGACUUCAAAAGGAAACUCCAAUGGAAGUUGAUAACAAGUCCAACCAAGUGGAAGAUAUACAAAUGGAGCCAGCAGCACCUGUUCUGGAAGUUCAAAAAGAAGUGGAGGAACCAGAGAUCAGUGAAGAUGAAUUGGACGUGGUAGUAGAUUCAAAUCAACUCAUAGAGAUUGAAAACGAAGACCGUGGAGAGAGGGUAGAACCAAAGAAAGAGAAAAUACCCGAUAUUGGAUCUUAUCCACACACAGGUUUCCAAGUAUUAUACAAUUGGUUGUUGGAAGUCACAGACAUAAAUCUUGAUAGAUUUAAGCUUGUAAAGAAAGGAGAUUUCCACGAAGAUUUCUACAAUCAUGUUGUUGAAUUCAGAAAUUCAUGUAAAUCAGGUGGCAAAGUACCUCUCCAUCCUAUCAUUCUAGAUUUGAUCCAUAUUACAAAGGCGAGAGAUCAAACAGGUUGUCGUUUAUUGCUUCAAUUUUUAGAGACUUUGGUCUAUGUGGAUAAUCAAAUAAUGCCAAGUGGUAUUUUCAAAAUGUCAAACAAUUUAAUUUGUCAAGAUUGUAAGCAUGAAAACUUGGCAUAUCAGAUUUCCUAUUUCAAAUGCGCAUUUGAAGAUAAAAAGGAUACCGACUUGGUUAGUUUACUCCUCACAAACCAACAAUUGGAAACUAAACAAUGUGCCAAGUGUCAAGAAUACUCAAUUGCCACAAUUCCAAUCGAUCCAGCAAAGUACUUGUUCAUUCAAAUUAAUAGAUCAGAAACUGCAGAUGAGAGAAUAUACACCAAACUUGCCAUUCCAGAUUCAUUUGAUUUGAUGGAUAUCUAUCAGGUACCUGGUAAAUCAUUUACCUACACAUUACAUGCUAUAUUGAAAGGUAAUUCAUUCACAAGAAUAACCAAUACUAUCGUAGAAGGAGUUGAUUUGAAAGCAUACAAUGAUAUUAUCCUAAAUAGCUGCGUCUCUGUCAUUUACUCCAACGCUUUUAAUAAGAAAUUUGAUAUUCCUCAACAACCACAACCAGCUGCUCAACAACCAGCUUCCCAACAACCAGCUCCUCAACAACCAGCUUCCCAACAACCAGCUUCCCAACAACCAACUUCCCAACAACCAACUUCCCAACAACCAACUUCCCAAACUGACGUUGUAAUGGAGCCAGCAUCAAAUGCUCAAAAGAUUAAUAGUGCCUUGAAUGAAACAUUUUUAGACUGGAUCUCCUCAAUUGCAGAUGUUAAACCAACAAGCCGUGAAUUAAUUUCAAAGGUUCUGGUUGAACAUGGUAUAGACACAUUUUCCAUCGCUCUCAGUGUUUUGAAGGAACCAGAAAUGCUUCGUAAUCUUUUAAUCGAAAAAGGUGUACCAAAGAUCACUACGAACACCUUUAUUAGAUUACUUGGUAUCAAGAUAGACAAAGAGUCAUUUAAAUUAGUUCCACACGAGCCUGAAAACUUGGACUUUUUUGAUUGGGUCAGACAAUUAGGAUUUAACGAGAAAUCGUCAGAAAAUGUAAUCACUGUUUUGGAUCAAAACGACAUUAUAACAUUUGAUGGUGCGAAAGCAAAUAUGGACAGUAUCAAAGAAGAAUUGAAGGACUCUUUGCCAUUUGGAAAUAUUCAUCAUUUACUCACUCAUUUAGAACUAUUAAAUUUAAAUUAA